AUGAAGUCGAUCGCGUUUGUUGCUUUGUUAUUCUGUGCCAUUGGGUUCUCUUCCUCCAACAACUUGAUAUGUAAUACUCCGGAGUUGGACAUACCGAAGGAAUGGGUCGACAUGACCCACGGUUGCAUCGGCAAGAUGCGCGAGCAGGUCUUGGAGGAGCUCAAGGCAUCGAUGCAGUACAUGGCGAUGGGGGCCUACUUCGCCAAGGACGUGGUCAACAGGCCCGGCGUGUCAGAAAUGUUCUUCAAAUCGGCCAGCGAAGAGAGGGACCACGCCAUCAAGCUCAUCCACUACCUGCUCAUGCGGGGAGAGCUCACCACCAACAUCAGCGAUUUGAUCAAGAGAAACUUGGUACCCCCGGUAACUACUUGGGAGAAUGUUGUCAGUGCCAUGAAAGCUGCGCUCAAAUUGGAAGCUGAUGUAACGAGGAAAAUCAGGAAGGUCAUCGAAGUGUGCGAACACGACACAGCCAGCAAUCCCUCCAACAACGACUAUCAUCUGGUUGAUUACUUGACUGGUGAUUUCCUCGAGGAGCAAUACCAUGGUCAAAGGGACAUUGCCGGAAAGGUAUCGACUUUGGAGAAGAUGAUGAAAGACCACGGGAAACUUGGAGAAUGGCUGUUCGACAAGAAGGUCCAGGCCGGGGAAUUGUAA